UGGACGCGACGGGCCGCCGCCGGCCCGCACCGCCCCGCCGCCGCGAUGUGCGACUGCUUCCACAUGGUUCUGCCCACCUGGCCUGGAACCCCCGGCAGCGUGUCUGGCCGGCAGCUGCAGCCUGAAGACCCAGACGCAGAAACCGAGGAGGACCAUUCUGUGACCGAAGGGCCCGUGGAUGAGAUCAUUCGGCCACGGCCGCAGGGGUCUUCACCUGUCUACGAAUGUGUGACUGAGGGUCCCGGCUUUGAACUCCUGGAAGACACGUCAGACAGGCAAGGCUCUUCAGGGAGACGGAGAUCCUGGUGGAAGCGGGGUUCAGGGGACUCACGGACAUUUUCCAGGAUGAGUCAUCCAGAGGAGGCGACAGAUGUGACGCUGAAGACCGAGGUGGAGGCUGGAGCAAGUGGUUACAGUGUCACGGGUGGUGGGGACCAGGGCAUCUUUGUGAAGCACGUUUUGAAGGACUCUUCAGCUGCCAAGCUCUUCAGCCUGAGAGAAGGAGAUCAGCUGCUGAGUGCAACCAUAUUCUUCGACGACAUUAAAUAUGAAGAUGCUCUGAAAAUCCUUCAGUACUCAGAGCCGUACAAGGUUCAGUUCAAAGUCAGACGGAAAGUUCCCACCAGAGUAGAUGUGGACAGGGAUGCGCGUGGAGCUCAGCAGGCCCCAAAGCCGACUGAGAAGCAGGGAAAGGACAUCACUGAUGGGGGCACAGCCACACCCACGAAGACGAUGGAAAGCAAUGGGGACCAGGAGAGACUCAUCGCCAAGGCCAGGGAUGGCAGAGGGAGGAGGCCCCAAAAGGACAGGCUCUCCUGGCCCAAAUUUCAAGCCAUAAAGAGCAAGGGUGGGCGAGGGCCCCGGAGGUCACACAGUUCCUCGGAGGCUUACGAGCGGGGGAAGGUGCCUGCUGUGGGCCCCACAAGCUCAGACACUGAGGCCGAGUUUCCACCAGACGAGCAGGAACAGGAGGCAGGGACAGGCAGCCAGCGCAGGAGCAGGUUCCUGAACCUGAAGUUCAAAGUGGGCUCAGGGAAGGGCCCAUCGCUGGCAGGGCAGCCAGGCACAGGGUCCCAAAGUGAGGCCGUCCAUUCCAGAGUGCUGGAGGAAGCGGGGUCCUGGGAUGCCACCCAAGAAGCUACCUGGGCUGCCACACAUGGCACAAAGGACGACAGGACAGCAGAGGCGCAACAGGGGACACCUGCUCUGAGUGUACAGUGGCCCACAGAGCCUGCCCUCUCCUACGAAGCAGACUUGGGGGGUGGGUCCGACAUGGCAGCCAGACCCCAGAGGAAGACAACGGAGAGGCAAGUCCAGGAGGAGACAGUGACCCAAGGGAAACCCAGGGCAGGCCGAGUCCCCAAACAGGGCAGAGGAUGCACUAAGGUGGGAAUAAAAGUGCUGGACAUGGAAACCGCCACAUUGCCUCUGCAAGACAGGACAGGUGAAGGCCACACACAGGGCCACCAAGCAGACGUCCAGAUCCAAAUACUCAAUUUGAAAACACCCAAGUUUGGAUUUUCCAAACAAAAAGUGCUGGGGACAGAAGGAAGCAUGGCAGUGCUAGAGCAGGGCCCGAGGCAGGGGAGGUCAGCCACCAAGAUCGUGACAAAGGGUGACAAGAGCCCAGACACAAACAAGGACCGAGACCUUGCAGUUCGUCGGCCCAAACGGGAUAAAGGGAGAGCAGAGAGAUCUCUGGCAACAAUGAAAGGAGGAGACACAAUAGGUUGGGACCAGAACGUGGAAGGAAAGGAAGAAAAGAUGAAAAUACUAAAGUUCAAAUUGCCGUCACUUGGAUGGUCCCAAGGAAAGGAUGCAAAGUCAGUCACAGAAACACAGAAAAGAGAAAUAGAAAGGGAAAAUCAGAGACACACAUUUCUCAAGGAAGUAAAUUUGGAGUUGGAUUUAGAGAGUAGUGAUGAAGAUGAAGGAAAAGAACAGAGAGUACCAUCAAAAAUAAAAGAAGAACAGGAGACCGAAAAAGGGAAAGAAAGUGAAAUCUCCCCGGGAGACAAGGAGAUGGCCUCACGCGACAGCAAGUUCAAAAUGCCCAAGUUCAAGAUGCCCUCCUUCGGCGGAUCGGCACCAAGCAAGGAUUUGGGAACAUCCGUGGACGUGCCUGUGCCCAAGAUCACAGGGGAGGCGACACUGCCCUGCCUGAGUGGCGAGAUACAAGCCCCAGAGGGCAGCGUGCAACACCCAUCUGCUGAAAUUGAGCUCCCUGAGGCCGAGGGCGAGGUGAGGCUGGGCAAGCUGAAGGGCAAGGCAGAAGGGGCCAGGUUCAAGGGCCACAUGCCCACGGUUCAGAUGCCCAGCCUCAAGAUGCCCAAGGUGGACAUCAAGGGCCCCCAGGUGGACAUCACGACGCCCAAACUGGACCUGAAGGGUGCCAAAGGCGAGGUGGCAGCCCCCGACAUGGGGGUGUCGCUGCCCAGCGUGGAGGUGGACAUCCAGGCACCGGGCGCCAAGCUGGAGGGCGACAUGCUGGAGGGCGACAUGGCCCUGGGAGACAAGGAGAUGGCCGCCAGAGAAAGCAAGUUCAAAAUGCCCAAGUUCAAGAUGCCCUCCUUCGGCGGAUCGGCACCAAGCAAGGAUUUGGGAAAAUUCGUGGACGUGCCCGUGCCCAAGAUCACAGGGGAGGCGACCCUGCCCUGCCUGAGUGUCGAGAUGCAAGCCCCAGAGGGCAGCGUGCAACUGCCAUCAGCUGAAAUCGAGCUCCCCAGGGCUGAGGUGGAGGUGGCACUCCCCGAGGGCGAGGUGAGGCUGGGCGAGCUGAAGGGCAAGGCAGAAGGGGCCAGGUUCAAGGGCCACAUGCCCACGGUGCAGAUGCCCAGCCUCAAGAUGCCUAAGGUGGACAUCAAGGGCCCCCAGGUGGACAUCACGAGACCCAAACUACACCUGAAGGGCACCAAAGGCGAGGUGGCAACCCCCGACGUGGGGGUGUCGCUGCCCAGCAUAGGACUGGACAUCCAAGCGGCAGGCGCCAGGCUGGAGGGCGACAUGGCCCUGGAAGACAAUGAGAUGGCCGCCAAGGACAGCAAGUUCAAAAUGCCCAAGUUCAAGAUGCCCUCCUUCGGCAUGGCGGUGCCCAGCAAGUCCUCCGACGCGUCGGUGGAGGUGUCCGGGCAACAGGUGCAGGCGGACGUGCGCCUGCCCUCCAUCCAGACCGACGUCAAGACCUGUGACCUGAGCAUAGACCUGCCAUCUGCAGACGUGGACGUCAAGACCGGCGAGCUGGAACUGAAGCUCCCGGAAGUCCAUGUGCCUGAGGCAGAGCUCCAGGAACGCGACGCCAGAACCGGACUCAAAAGGCACCUGCCCACGGUGCACAUGCCCAGCAUGGAGAUGCCCAAACUAGACUUCAAGGGCCCCCAGGUGGACAUCACGGGGCCCAAACUGGACCUGAAGGGUGCCAAAGGUGAGGUGGCAGCCCCCGACGUGGGGGUGUCGCUGCCCAGCGUGGAGGUGGACAUCCAGGCACCGGGCACCAAGCUGGAGGUUGACAUGGCCCUGGGAGACAAGGAGUUGACCGCCAGAGACAGCAAGUUCAAAAUGCCCAAGUUCAAGAUGCCCUCCUUCGGCGGAUCGGCACCAAGCAAGGAUUUGGGAACAUCCGUGGACGUGCCCGUGCCCAAGAGCAGAGGGGAGGUGACCCUGCCCUGCCUGAGUGGCGAGAUGCAAGCCCCAGAGGGCAGCGUGCAACUGCCAUCAACUGAAAUCGAGCUCCCCAGGGCUGAGGUGGAGGUGGCCCUCCCCGAGGGCGAGGUGAAGCUGGGAGAGCUGAAGGGCAAGGCAGAAGGGGCCAGGUUCAAGGGCCACAUGCCCACGGUGCCGAUGCCCAGCCUCAAGAUGCCCAAGGUGGACAUCAAGGGCCCCCAGGUAGACAUCACGGGACCCAAACUACACCUGAAGGGCGCCAAAGGCGAGGUGGCCAUCCCCGACAUGGGGGUGUCGCUGCCCAGCAUAGGACUGGACAUCCAGGAGGCAGGCGCCAGGCUGGAGGGCGACAUGGCCCUGGAAGACAAGGAGAUGGCCGCCAGGGACAGCAAGUUCAAAAUGCCCAAGUUCAAGAUGCCCUCCUUCGGCAUGGCGGUGUCCAGCAAGUCCUCCGACGCCUCGGUGGAGGUGUCCGGGCCACAGGUGCAGGCUGACGUGUGCCUGCCCUCCAUCCAGACCGACGUCGAGACCUGUGACCUGAGCAUAAACCUGCCAUCUGCCGACGUGGACGUCAAGACCAGCGAGUUGGGCGUAAAGCUCCCGGAAGUCCAAGUGCCCGAGGCAGAGCUCCAGGAACGCGACGCCAGAACUGGACUCAAAGGCCACAUGCCCACGGUGCAGAUGCCCAGCAUCAAGAUGCCCAAAGUAGACUUCAAGGGCCCCCAGGUGGACAUCACGGGACCCAAACUGGACCUGAAGGGUGCCAAAGGCGAGGUGACUGCCACCGGCAUGGGGGUGUCACUGCCCAGCAUGGAGGUGGAUAUUCAGGCACCGGACGCCAAGCUGGAGGGCGACGUGGCCCUGGAAGACAAGCAGAUGGCCGCCAGGGACAGCAAGUUCAAAAUGCCCAAGUUCAAGAUGCCCUCCUUCGGCAUGGCGGUGCCCAGCAAGUCCUCCGACGCCUCGGUGGAGGUGUCCGGGCAACAGGUGCAGGCGGACGUGCGCCUGCCCUCUAUCCAGAUUGACAUCAAGACCUGUGACCUGAGCAUAAACCUGCCAUCUGCCGACGUGGACGUCAAGACCAGCGAGUUGGGCGUAAAGCUCCCGGAAGUCCAAGUGCCCGAGGCAGAGCUCCAGGAACGCGACGCCAGAACCGGACUCAAAGGGCACAUGCCUAUGGUGCACAUGCCCAGCAUGGAGAUUCCCAAAGUAGACUUCAAGGGCCCCCAAGUGGACAUCACGGGGCCCAAACUGGACCUGAAGGGUGCCAAAGGUGAGGUGGCAGCCCCCGACGUGGUGGUGUCGCUGCCCAGCGUGGAGGUGGACAUCCAGGCGCCGGGCACCAAGCUGGAGGUCGACAUGGCCCUGGGAGACAAGGAGGUGACCGCCAGAGACAGCAAGUUCAAAAUGCCCAAGUUCAAGAUGCCCAAAGGAGACUUCAAGGGCCCCCAAGUGGACAUCACAGGGCCCAAACUGGACGUGAAGGGUGCCAAAGGCGAGGUGGCAGCCCCUGACAUGGGGUUGUCACUGCCCAGCGUGGAGGUGGACAUCCAGGCACCAGGUGCCAGGCUGGAGGGCGACAUGGCCCUGGAAGACAAGGAGAUGGCCGCCAAGGACAGCAAGUUCAAAAUGCCCAAGUUCAGGAUGCCCUCCUUCGGCGGAUCGGCACCAAGCAAGGAUUUGGGAACAUCCGUGGACGUGCCUGUGCCCAAGAUCACAGGGGAGGCGACCCUGCCCUGCCUGAGUGGCGAGAUGCAAGCCCCAGAGGACAGCGUGCAACUGCCAUCAGCUGAAAUCGAGCUCCCCGGGGCUGAGGGCGAGGUGAGGCUGGGCGAGCUGAAGAGCAAGGCAGAAGGGGCCAGGUUCAAGGGCCACAUGCCCACGGUGCAGAUGCCCAGCCUCAAGAUGCCUAAGGUGGACAUCAAGGGCCCCCAGGUGGACAUCACGGGACCCAAACUGGACCUGAAGGGUGCCAAAGGCGAGUUGGCAACCCCCGACGUGGGAGUUUUGCUGCCCAGCGUGGAGGAGGACAUCCAGGCGCCAGGCGCCAGGCUGGAGAGCGACAUGGCCCUAGAAGACAAGGAGUUGGCCGCCAGGGAAAGCAAGUUCAAAAUGCCCAAGUUCAAGAUGCCCUCCUUCGGCAUGGCGGUGCCCAGCAAGUCCAUCGAUGCCUCGGUGGAGGUGUCCGGGCCACAGGUGCAGGCUGACGUGUGCCUGCCCUCCAUCCAGACCGACGUCAAGACCUGUGACCUGAGCAUUGACCUGCCAUCUGCCGACUUGGACGUGAAGACCGGCGAGCUGGGCGUAAAGCUCCCGGAGGGCCAUGCGCCCGAUGCAGAGCUCCAGGAACGCGACGCCAGAACUGGACUCAAAGGCCACAUGCCCAAAGUGCAGAUGCCCAGCAUCAAGAUGCCCAAAGGAGACUUCAAGGGCCCCCAGGUGGACAUCACGGGUCCCAAACUGGACCUGAAGGGUGCCAAAUGCGAGGUGACUGCCCCCGACAUGGGGGUGUUGCUGCCCAGCGUGGAGGUAGACAUCCAGGCACCAGGCGCCAGGCUAGAGGGUGCCAAGCUGGAGGGCGACAUGGCCCUGGAAGACAAGGAGAUGGCCGCCAGGGACAGCAAGUUCAAAAUGCCCAAGUUCAAGAUGCCCUCCUUCGGCGGAUCGGCACCAAGCAAGGAUUUGGGAACAUCCGUGGACGUGCCUGUGCCCAAGAUCACAGGGGAGGCGACCCUGCCCUGCCUGAGUGGCGAGAUGCAAGCCCCAGAGGGCAGCGUGCAACUGCCAUCAGCUGAAAUCGAGCUCCCCGGGGCUGAGGGCGAGGUGAGGCUGGGCGAGCUGAAGGGCAAGGCAGAAGGGGCCAGGUUCAAGGGCCACAUGCCCACGGUGCAGAUGCCCAGCCUCAAGAUGCCUAAGGUGGACAUCAAGGGCCCCCAGGUGGACAUCACGGGACCCAAACUGGACCUGAAGGGUGCCAAAGGCGAGUUGGCAACCCCCGACGUGGGAGUUUUGCUACCCAGCGUGGAGGAGGACAUCCAGGCGCCAGGCGCCAGGCUAGAGAGCGACAUGGCCCUAGAAGACAAGGAGUUGGCCGCCAGGGAAAGCAAGUUCAAAAUGCCCAAGUUCAAGAUGCCCUCCUUCGGCAUGGCGGUGCCCAGCAAGUCCAUCGAUGCCUCGGUGGAGGUGUCCGGGCCACAGGUGCAGGCUGACGUGUGCCUGCCCUCCAUCCAGACCGACGUCAAGACCUGUGACCUGAGCAUAGACCUGCCAUCUGCCGACUUGGACGUGAAGACCGGCGAGCUGGGCGUAAAGCUCCCGGAGGGCCAUGCGCCCGAUGCAGAGCUCCAGGAACGCGACGCCAGAACUGGACUCAAAGGCCACAUGCCCAAAGUGCAGAUGCCCAGCAUCAAGAUGCCCAAAGGAGACUUCAAGGGCCCCCAGGUGGACAUCACGGGUCCCAAACUGGACCUGAAGGGUGCCAAAAGCGAGGUGACUGCCCCCGACAUGGGGGUGUUGCUGCCCAGCGUGGAGGUAGACAUCCAGGCACCAGGCGCCAGGCUAGAGGGUGACGUGGCCCUGGGAGAAAAGGAGGUGACCGCCAGAGACAGCAAGUUCAAAAUGCCCAAAGUAGACUUCAAGGGCCCCCAAGUGGACAUCACGGGGCCCAAACUGGACCUGAAGGGUGCCAAAGGUGAGGUGGCAGCCCCCGACGUGGUGGUGUCGCUGCCCAGCGUGGAGGUGGACAUCCAGGCGCCGGGCACCAAGCUGGAGGUCGACAUGGCCCUGGGAGACAAGGAGGUGACCGCCAGAGACAGCAAGUUCAAAAUGCCCAAGUUCAAGAUGCCCAAAGGAGACUUCAAGGGUCCCCAAGUGGACAUCACAGGGCCCAAACUGGACGUGAAGGGUGCCAAAGGUGAGGUGGCAGCCCCCAACGUGGUGGUGUCGCUGCCCAGCGUGGAGGUGGACAUCCAGGCGCCGGGCACCAAGCUGGAGGUCGACAUGGCCCUGGGAGACAAGGAGGUGACCGCCAGAGACAGCAAGUUCAAAAUGCCCAAGUUCAAGAUGCCCAAAGGAGACUUCAAGGGUCCCCAAGUGGACAUCACAGGGCCCAAACUGGACGUGAAGGGUGCCAAAGGCGAGGUGGCAGCCCCUGACAUGGGGUUGUCACUGCCCAGCGUGGAGGUGGACAUCCAGGCACCAGGUGCCAAGCUGGAGGGCGACAUGGCCCUGGAAGACAAGGAGAUGGCCGCCAGGGACAGCAAGUUCAAAAUGCCCAAGUUCAGGAUGCCCUCCUUCGGCGGAUCGGCACCAAGCAAGGAUUUGGGAACAUCCGUGGACGUGCCUGUGCCCAAGAUCACAGGGGAGGCGACCCUGCCCUGCCUGAGUGGCGAGAUGCAAGCCCCAGAGGUCAGCGUGCAACUGCCAUCAGCUGAAAUCGAGCUCCCCGGGGCUGAGGGCGAGGUGAGGCUGGGCGAGCUGAAGGGCAAGGCAGAAGGGGCCAGGUUCAAGGGCCACAUGCCCACGGUGCAGAUGCCCAGCCUCAAGAUGCCUAAGGUGGACAUCAAGGGCCCCCAGGUGGACAUCACGGGACCCAAACUGGACCUGAAGGGUGCCAAAGGCGAGUUGGCAACCCCCGACGUGGGAGUUUUGCUACCCAGCGUGGAGGAGGACAUCCAGGCGCCAGGCGCCAGGCUAGAGAGCGACAUGGCCCUAGAAGACAAGGAGUUGGCCGCCAGGGAAAGCAAGUUCAAAAUGCCCAAGUUCAAGAUGCCCUCCUUCGGCAUGGCGGUGCCCAGCAAGUCCAUCGAUGCCUCGGUGGAGGUGUCCGGGCCACAGGUGCAGGCUGACGUGUGCCUGCCCUCCAUCCAGACCGACGUCAAGACCUGUGACCUGAGCAUAGACCUGCCAUCUGCCGACUUGGACGUGAAGACCGGCGAGCUGGGCGUAAAGCUCCCGGAGGGCCAUGCGCCCGAUGCAGAGCUCCAGGAACGCGACGCCAGAACUGGACUCAAAGGCCACAUGCCCAAAGUGCAGAUGCCCAGCAUCAAGAUGCCCAAAGGAGACUUCAAGGGCCCCCAGGUGGACAUCACGGGUCCCAAACUGGACCUGAAGGGUGCCAAAUGCGAGGUGACUGCCCCCGACAUGGGGGUGUUGCUGCCCAGCGUGGAGGUAGACAUCCAGGCACCAGGCGCCAGGCUAGAGGGUGACGUGGCCCUGGGAGAAAAGGAGGUGACCGCCAGAGACAGCAAGUUCAAAAUGCCCAAAGUAGACUUCAAGGGCCCCCAAGUGGACAUCACGGGGCCCAAACUGGACCUGAAGGGUGCCAAAGGUGAGGUGGCAGCCCCCGACGUGGUGGUGUCGCUGCCCAGCGUGGAGGUGGACAUCCAGGCGCCGGGCACCAAGCUGGAGGUCGACAUGGCCCUGGGAGACAAGGAGGUGACCGCCAGAGACAGCAAGUUCAAAAUGCCCAAGUUCAAGAUGCCCAAAGGAGACUUCAAGGGCCCCCAAGUGGACAUCACAGGGCCCAAACUGGACGUGAAGGGUGCCAAAGGUGAGGUGGCAGCCCCCAACGUGGUGGUGUCGCUGCCCAGCGUGGAGGUGGACAUCCAGGCGCCGGGCACCAAGCUGGAGGUCGACAUGGCCCUGGAAGACAAGGAGAUGACCGCCAGAGACAGCAAGUUCAAAAUGCCCAAGUUCAAGAUGCCCUCCUUCGGCGGUUCGGCACCAAGCAAGGAUUUGGGAACAUCCGUGGACGUGCCUGUGCCCAAGAUCACAGGGGAGGCGACCCUGCCCUGCCUGAGUGGCGAGAUGCAAGCCCCAGAGGUCAGCGUGCAACUGCCAUCAGCUGAAAUCGAGCUCCCCGGGGCUGAGGGCGAGGUGAGGCUGGGCGAGCUGAAGGGGAAGGCAGAAGCGGCCAGGUUCAAGAGCCACAUGCCCAAAGUGCAGAUGCCCAGCAUGGAGAUGCCCAAAGGACACUUCAAGGGCCCCCAGAUGGACAUCACGGGGCCCAAACUGGAUCUGAAGGGUGCCAAAGGCGAAGUGGCAGCCCUCGACGUGGGGGUGUCGCUGCCCAGCGUGGAGGUGGACAUCCAGGCACCAGGUGCAAGGCUGGAGGGCGACAUGGCCCUGGGAGACAAGGAGAUGGCCGCCAGAGACAGCAAGUUCAAAAUGCCCAAGUUCAAGAUGCCUUCCUUCGGCAUAUCGGCACCAAGCAAGGAUUUGGGAACAUCCGUGGACGUGCCCGUGCCGAAGACCAAAGGGGAGGCGACCCUGCCCUGCCUGAGUGGCGAGAUGCAAGCCCCAGAGGUCAGCGUGCAACUGCCAUCAGCUGAAAUCGAGCUCCCCGGGGCUGAGGGCGAGGUGAGGCUGGGCGAGCUGAAGGGCAAGGCAGAAGGGGCCAGGUUCAAGGGCCACAUGCCCACGGUGCCGAUGCCCAGCCUCAAGAUGCCCAAGGUGGACAUCAAGGGCCCCCAGGUGGACAUCACGGGACCCAAACUGGGCCUGAAGGGUGUCAAAGGCGAGUUGGCAACCCCCGACGUGGGAGUUUUGCUGCCCAGCGUGGAGGUGGACAUCCAGGCGCCAGGCGCCAGGCUGGAGGGCGACAUGGCCCUGGAAGACAAGGAGAUGGACACCAGGGAAAGCAAGUUCAAAAUGCCCAAGUUCAAGAUGCCGUCCUUCAGCAUGGCGAUGCCCAGCAAGUCCAUCGAUGCCUCGGUGGAGGUGUCCGGGCCACAGGUGCAGGCUGACGUGCGCCUGCCCUCCAUCCAGACCAACGUCAAGACCUGUGACCUGAGCAUAGACCUGCCAUCUGCCGACGUGGACGUCAAGACCGGCAAGAUGGGCGUAAAGCUCCCAGAAGUCCAUGUGCCUGAGGCAGAGCUCCAGGAAUGCGACACCAGAACUGGACUCAAAGGGCACCUGCCCACAGUGCACAUGCCCAGCAUGGAGAUGCCCAAAGGAGACUUCAAGGGCCCCCAGGUGGACAUCACGGGUCCCAAACUGGACCUGAAGGGUGCCAAAGGCGAGGUGACUGCCCCCAGCAUGACAGUGACGCUGCCCAGCGUAGGGCUGGACAUCCAGGUGCCGGGCACCAACCUGGAGGGUGACAUUGUCCUGGGAGACAAGGUGGUGACGGCCAGAGAAAGCAAGUUCAAAAUGCGCAAGUUCAAGAUGCCCAAAGUAGACUUCAAGGGCCCCCAAGUGGACCUCACGGGGCCCGAACUGGAUCUGAAGGGUGACAAAGGCGAGGUGACAGCCCCCGACGUGGGUGUCUCACUGCCCAGCGUGGAGGUAGACAUCCAGGCACCGGGCGCCAAGCUUGAGGGCGACAUGGCCCUGGGAGACAAGGAGAUGGCCUCCAGGGACAGCAAGUUCAAAAUGCCCAAGUUUAAGAUGCCCAAAGUAGACUUCAAGGGCCCCCAAGUGGACAUCAUGGGGCCCAAACUGGACAUGAAGGGUGCCAAAGGCGAGGUGACAGCCCCCGACGUGGGGGUCUCACUGCCCAGCGUGGAGGUGGACAUCCAGGCACCAGGCACCAAGCUGGAGGGCGACAUGGCCCUGGGAGACAAGGAGAUGGCCGCCAGAGACAGCAAGUUCAAAAUGCCCAAGUUCAAGAUGCCCUCCUUCGGCGGAUCGGCACCAAGCAAAGAUUUGGGAACAUCCGUGGACGUGCCCGUGCCCAAGAUCACAGGGGAUGCGACCCUGCCCUGCUUGAGUGGCGAGAUGCAAGCCACAGAGGGCAGCGUGCAACUGCCAUCAGCUGAAAUCCAGCUCCCCAGGGCUGAGGUGGAGGUGGCCCUCCCCGAGGGCGAGGUGAGGCUGGGCGAGCUGAAGGGCAAGGCAGAAGGGGCCAGGUUCAAGGGCCACAUGCCCACGGUGCAGAUGCCCAGCCUCAAGAUGUCCAAGGUGGACAUCAAGGGUCCCCAGGUGGACAUCACGGGACCCAAACUGGAUCUGAAGGGUGCCAAAGGUGAGGUGGCAGCCCCCGACGUGGGUGUGUCGCUGCCCAGCGUGGAGGUGGACAUCCAGGCGCCAGGCGCCAGGCUAGAGGGUGACAUGGUCCUGAAAGACAAGGAGAUGCCCGCCAGGGACAGCAAGUUCAAAAUGCCCAAGUUCAAGAUGCCCUCCUUCGGCAUGGCGGUGCCCAGCAAGACCAUCGAUGCCUCGGUGGAUGUGUCCGGACCACAGGUGCAGGCUGAUGUGCGCCUGCCCUCCAUCCAGACCGACGUCAAGACCUGUGACCUGAGCAUAGACCUGCCAUCUGCCGACAUGGACGUCAAGACCGGCGAGAUGGGCGUAAAGCUCCCGGAAGUCCAUGUGCCUGAGGGAGAGCUCCAGGAACGCGACACCAGAACUGGACUCAAAGGGCACCUGCCCACUGUGUACAUGCGCAGCAUGGAGAUGCCCAAAGUAGACUUCAAGGGCCCCCAGGUGGACAUCACGGGGCCCAAACUGGACCUGAAGGGUGCCAAAGGAGAGGUGACUGCCCCCGGCAUGACAGUGACGCUUCCCAGCGUAGGGCUGGACAUCCAGGUGCCGGGCACUAACCUGGAGGGUGCCAGGCUGGAGGGUGACAUGGCCCUGGAAGACAAGGAGAUGCCCGCCAGAGAUAGCAAGUUCAAAAUGCCCAAGUUUAAGAUGCCCUCCUUCGGCGGAUCGGCACCAAGCAAGGAUUUGGAAACAUCCGUGGACGUGCCCGUGCCCAGGAUCACAGGGGAGGCAACCCUGCCCUGCCUGAGUGGCGAGAUGCAAGCCCCAGAGGGCAGCGUGCAACUGCCAUCAGCUGAAAUCGAGCUCCCCGGGACUGAGGUGGAGGUGGCCCUCCCCGAGGGCGAGGUGAUGCUGGGCGAGCUGAAGGGCAAGGCAGAAGGGGCCAGGUUCAAGGGCCACAUGCCCACAGUGCAGAUGCCCAGCCUCAAGAUGCCCAAGGUGGACAUCAAGGGCCCUCAGGUGGACAUCACGGGACCCAAAGUGGACCUGAAAGGUGCCAAAGGCGAGGUGGCAGCCCCCGACAUGGGGGUGUCGCUGCCCAGCAUGGAGGUGGACAUCCAGGCGCCGGGUGCCAAGCUGGAGGGUGAGAUGGCCCUAGGAGACAAGGAGGUGUCCGCCAGAGAUAGCAAGUUAAAAAUGCCCAAGUUCAAGAUGCCCAAAGUAGACUUCAAGGGCCCCCAGGUGGACAUCACGGGGCCUAAGCUGGACCUGAAGGGCGCCAAAGGCGAGGUGGCAACCCCCGACGUGGGGGUCUCACUGCCCAGCGUGGAGGUGGACAUCCAGGCACCAGGUGCCAGGCUGGAGGGUGACAUGGCCCUGGAAGACAAGGAGAUGCCCGCCAGGGACAGCAAGUUCAAAAUGCCCAAGUUCAAGAUGCCCUCCUUCGGCAUGGUGGUGCCCAGCAAGUCCUCCGAUGCCUCGGUGGAGGUGUCCGGGCCACAGGUGCAGGCGGACGUGCGCCUGCCCUCCAUCCAGACCGAGGUGAAGACCUGUGAUCUGAGCAUAGACUUGCCAUCUGACGACUUGAAUGUUAAGACCGGCGAGCUGGGCGUAAAGCUUCCGGAAGUCCAAGUGCCCGAGGCAGAGCUCCAGGAACGCGACGCCAGAACCGGACUCAAAGGGCACCUGCCCACGUUGAAAAUGCCCAAGUUCAAGAUGCCCAAAGUAGACUUUAAGGGCCCCCAAGUGGACAUCACGGGGCCCAAACUGGACCUGAAGGGUGCCAAAGGUGAGGUGGCAGCCCCCGACGUGGGGGUGUCGCUGCCCAGCGUGGAGGUGGACAUCCAGGCGCCGGGCACCAAGCUGGAGGUCGACAUGGCCCUCGGAGACAAGGAGGUGUCCGCCAGGGACAGCAAGUUCAAAAUGCCCAAGUUCAGGAUGCCCUCCUUCGGCGGAUCGGCACCAAGCAAGGAUUUGGGAACAUCCGUGGACGUGCCUGUGCCCAAGAUCACAGGGGAGGCGACCCUGCCCUGCCUGAGUGGCGAGAUGCAAGCCCCAGAGGUCAGCGUGCAACUGCCAUCAGCUGAAAUCGAGCUCCCCGGGGCUGAGGGCGAGGUGAGGCUGGGCGAGCUGAAGGGCAAGGCAGAAGGGGCCAGGUUCAAGGGCCACAUGCCCACGGUGCCGAUGCCCAGCUUCAAGAUGCCCAAGGUGGACAUCAAGGGCCCCCAGGUGGACAUCACGGGGCCCAAACUGGACCUGAAGGGCGCCAAAGGCGAGGUGGCAGCCCCCGACGUGGGUGUGUCGCUGCCCAGCGUGGAGGUGGACAUCCAGGCACCAGGCGCCAGGCUGGAGGGCGACAUGGCCCUGGGAGACAAGGAGAUGCCCCCCAGGGGCAGCAAGUUCAAAAUGCCCAAGUUCAAGAUGCCCUCCUUCGGCAUGUUGGCGCCCAACAAGUCCUCCGACGCCUCGGUGGAGGUGUCCGGGCCACAGGUGCCGGAGGACGUGCACCUGCCCUCCAUCCAGACUGACGUCAAGACCUGUGACCUGAGCAUAGACCUGCCAUUUGCCGACAUGGACGUCAAGACCGGUGAGCUGGGCCUGAAGCUCCCGGAGGGCCUUGCGCCCGAGGCAGAGCUCCAGGAGCGCGAUGCCAGAACCGGACUCAAAGGGCACCUGCCCAUGGUGCACAUGGCCAGCAUGGAGAUGCCCAAAGUAGACUUCAAGGGCCCCCAGGUUGAUAUCACGGGGCCCAAACUGGACCUGAAGGGUGCCAAAGGCGAGGUGACAACUCCCAACGUGGGGGUCUCACUGCCCAGCGUUGAGGUGGACAUCCAGGCGCCAGGUGUCAGGCUGGAGGGCGACAUGGCCCUGGGAGACAAGGAAUUAUCUUCUAGAAGUAUCGCAUGGAAGAUGCCUAAAGGCAGUGUGUCAUUUCCUUAUUCUUCCAAUCAGGCUUCUGUGGUUUCUUCACAAGUUCAAGGUAGUGACCAGACUCUGGAAGGGACUUAUUCUCUCGAGCUCAUGGAUCCCAGUGUCAGUGUAGGUGACAUCUCUGUUUCUACAGUGGACCUUGAUGAGGGCCUAUCAAUUGAAAGAGGUGGAGAAAAAAGCAAAGUCAAGAAAUUCCGUUUUAAAAUGCCCAAGGUCUUUUCCCCUCCAGGGAAAUCCCCUAAGAGCUUGGGAGGCUUUCAUGCAGAUUCGGGGGUUUCUCUUCCUGGGAGUCGCUUGGCCACCCCCUUGGAGUUAGGUGGUGGCGGGUCUCUUGGCGAGUGUGAGACUUUCAGGGAGCCAUCCAUGCAGGUGCCGGGACUUGGGUGGUCCAGUGCUCCUUUAGGCAGUGUUGAUCUCAGCGGCCCCCACGCUGAAUCCUCCACUCUCCCUUCCUGUGAGGGUGUCACACCUUCAAAGUACCAGGUGACUCUCCCCGGAGCCACCGUCUCUCCAGUGCUGCCUCCGGGUACCCUCUCUGAGUCCCAGGGAGAUGCUCACCUUUCCAACAAAGAGUGUACUGCAGACCUCUCAUCCUGGGAGAGGCUUCCAUUGUCUCAAAGUGACAGCCACCCUGGCGCAGUGGACCCCUCGGUUUAUACAUCUUAUGGUCAGGUGACUUUUCCUAAAUUUCACCGACCAAAGUUUGUGUUUUCAGCUCCAGAAGCAGGAGAUGUGGAGGGUGCACUCCGGGCCGUAGGGGGUGCCCUGUCUCCUCCCAGCCCAGUGUGGGGAGUCAGCUCCUCAGCCGAGGAAGUCAUGGUAUUCCCAAGGCCUGGUACUCAGCUGCCAUCUGCAGGUGUGUCCAUGUCUGAGGUGACGGAGGACCCCGUGGGCACUGCCCGGACAGCAGGAAUGACUCCAGGUGGGGACCCAGCUGAAGACGCUGACUGUGACGGGAAAGGCAGUCCCUUGAAAAUGCCACAGCUCAGACUCCCAUCCUUCAGGCGGUCCCCGAAGAAGGAGAUGGAUCCCAAAGAGUAUCCGGCACAUACCCUGGUUGUUGACGUGCGUCCAAAGGGCACCUUGCCUGGGCUUCCUGUUUCCCAGAUGGAAGCAUACUUGGACAGAGAGAGGGGAAGGGUCAAGACACCUGGCUUUGCUCUGCCCAAACUGGCAGGUCCCAAAAGGAGGGCUUCCAUGGGAGGGACUGGCCUGCCACAGGGAGACCUGGAUCCCUCCCUGUCCAGUUCCCCAGCCGAGGGUGCCUCUCAGGCCACAGUGAGGGCCAGCGGUGAGGGUGGUGUUAGGGGCACUGGUGCAAUGGUGGGCCCCCCAGAAGGAGCAGGCGUGGACCUCCACCUGCCACGGGUCCACCUUCCCAGUGUGAGCUUUGUCCAUCCCGACUUCCGACCCACUGAGCUCCAGGAGGAGGUGAGCCAGUCUGCAGGUGAAGUUCUUCCCAAACACAGCCUGUCUCUGGGAGAUGGCAGCAAAGGGCAUGGGCUCGGGGAUGGCUCAGCAAGCCAGCCUCGGGGGCAGGUGAUGGACCCCUCGACAGAAGACCCUCUCCAGGCAUCCAGUAGAACAACAGACACUGCAGCCCCCACAGUAGGAAGUGCAGAGGGAGACGCUGCCGUGGGAGACGCUGCCGUGGGAGACGCGCGGGUAGGCUCUCAGGAGAGCUGGUUUCGAAUGCCCUCGCUCCGCCUGCCCGGCUUCUGGCGCUCCUCCAGGGACAGAGGUGUGACUCAGGUGCCAGCUCCUGCUAUCAGCACACCAAAGCAAGGAGAAGCACAAGCUACAGUCAAGAGUCAGGGGGUCCAUGUGCCUGGGUCAGAGGUGGAGGCCGCUGUGUCCCCACAGCCCCCAGAGGCAGAAGCAGACAUGGCACAUGUCCUAAGGCGAACUCUGGACAGCAAAAGCUUGAAUGUGCACCUCUCUCCUGCCGGGAUGUCCGCUGGUGAUCUUCCCACUUCCGAGGUCCAGCUCCAUCCAGGACAAGACUCCCUGUCCCUUCAGAUGCCCAGCGGGAGACUUUCAGAAACCAAAGCUCCUCCAGGGGAAGUAAGCAAGACUCCUGCCAGGGGGUCAGAGAGAGCAGAGCACCGGUCGUCCCCCACCGAAGGCCCUCUGAGGCUGAAGGCUUCCAGGACUGACGUGCCGUCCCAGAUUUCCAUUGUUGACAUGGGUCAGUUCUGGGAGGAUUCUGUGCUGACUGUCAAAUUCCCCACGUUGAAGGUGCCCAGGUUUACCUUCCCGGCCCCUGACUCCACAGCCGAUGUCUUCAUCCCCGCCGUGAGAGAAGUGUGGUGCCCGGACAGCAGCCUGGACCUGGCCCUGCAUGAGGAAAGCCCCGGAGUCUGGGAUGCGAGCAUCCUGAAGGCAGGCGCUGGGGUCCCCAGGGAGCCGCCUGUGGUUCUUGACCCCUCCUUGGAAGCUUCCCCCAUUUCUAAGGUCAGAGUGCACAUCCAAGGUACUUGGGUUGAGAGCCAAGAGGUCACCAUACAGAGUAGGGUGACAGCAGAGUUUGCUGACCUCUCAGAACCCCAGGCGUUUUCUACUCAGAUCGUGCGGGAAUCAGAGAUUCCGGCCUCUGAGAUCCAGAUGCCUUCCUACGGGUUUUCCUUGCUCAAGGGGAAGGUCCCAGAGCGCCCCUCACAGGCUCAGGUGCCGAUGGUCACUGAGGACUCUGGGCCGCCGGAAGCCUUGCAAGAGGCUCCCCAAGAAGUCACCCCAGGAGCCAAUCCCGCUUCCGGAGACCACCAGCCCGACAGUGUAGAACCGUUUGAAAUGAUCUCUUCCAGCGUCAACAUGCUGGGACCGCAAACAUUUACGUUUGAAGUUCGUUCUGGCCACCAGUUUGCAGACAGCUAUUCCGACGAGGAGCCUGCGGAAAUUCUCGAAUUCCCACCUGAAGACGUCCAAGAGGCAGCUGCACCCCUGGAGGAUGAAGGAAGGGAGGCCAAAGAGAAACCAGAAAGCAAAAGGUCUGGUCUGUUCCGGUUUUGGCUUCCAAACAUUGGGUUUUCUUCCUCUGCCCAGGAGACAAGCGCUGGUACCACAGAAGAUGUGCCAAGACCUGCUCCUGUGCAAGCACAGCCUGAGGUUCACUCUGGGGUGGAGCUGCCAAAGAAGCAGGAGAAGGCAGGCUGGUUCCGAUUCCCCAAGUUAGGCUUCUCCUCCUCUCCUACCAAGAAAAGCCAAAGCACUGAGGACAAGGUGGGUCUGGCGGAGCCACAGCUCCAGGAAGAAGCAGUCACCUUUUUUGAUGCCCAAGAAAGCUUCUUCCCUGAGGAGAAGGAGGACAGGAAGCCAGCAGAGGCUGUGGCCACCGGGCCGGGCCCCAGAGCCAUGGUGACAUCUGCAGCCAAGAGGGAAUUGGUCGUGCUGGAGCAGGGGCAGAAAAGCCAGUGAUGUGCCUGUACCCAGGCCCACAACCAAGUGAGGGAUGCAGGUGUGAUUUGUCAGGGGAGGAUAGAAGGAUGUCGGGAGGCCGAAUGUGUGACCCCUCAACUCACAGAACGGAGAACCGAGCAGAAACCCUGCCGCCAUGGCAGAUGCUCCUAUCGUGGGACCAAAAUCCUGCCCAGCUCCCCAAACUUUGGAAGCAAAGGAGUGUCCCGUCUUCCCACAGGACACCAAGAACCCAUGGGGUCUUGUCUCCCUGAAGACGCUGCUGGACAAGGCCUUAUGAACCCCAUUUCUGGGGAGCCACCCAUGACGCCCCAGAGAACACGGCUGUUUCUGUGAGGAAGGAGUAAUAAUGGCCAUGCGUGUGGACGCAGGAUUUGGUGUCACCCUGUCCUGCCCCUGUUGCUGCUUCCUGCCCAGUGUAGGCUCUGCUUCCUGCUUCAGGCAGAGGCUGGCAUACCCUCUGGAAACCCUUGCCUGCACGCUCAGACAAAGCCCACUCCUCUGCUGACUGUCCCAUGGGCCAGCUUUGGGGGGCUUCGUGUGCCAUGCACAGAUGCUGUAAGUGCGGCGCUGUGCUCAGCCGAGGCUAUGAGGACGUCCGUGAGCUGCCAGGAGGUUCCUGCUGGACAUGUGGCCCCUGCAUGGCCAUCAACCCCCUCACGUACGCGCUGCACAGACUCCCCACUCUGCUGUUCCCUGGAUGGGCAAUAAAGGAAGUGACACACCCA